AUGGUAGCAGCAGCAGCAGCAGCAGAAGCAGGCGGCGCCCACGAAGGCGACCCCGUCGUCACCCGCCUCGUGGCCGAAGACAAAGUCUCUUGGUACCGCAAGAAGAACCUCAGGAACCUAUACCUGCUGCUCUUCCCGACGUGCAUGGGGAUCGAGAUCACAUCUGGCUUCGACUCGCAGCUCAUCAAUGCCUUGCAAGGCAUUGAGCCCUGGAAGCAGUAUUUCGGCACCUGCGCCAUCGAGGUCGUGGAUGGGGAGGGGGAGGCGACAUCGUCGUGCACCUUCACGGCGUCCAUCGCGGGCAUCAUCGCGGCGUCGUAUGCCCUGGGCGCCAUCUGCGCGCUGCCGUUCGUGCCGACCUUCAAUCAGUGGUUUGGCCGACGGUGGAGCAUCUUCUUCGGGAGCGCCGUGUCGAUCGUGGGCGCCAUCAUCCAAGGGCUGGCGAAGAACAUCGGCAUGUACAUCGUGGCACGAAUGGUCCUCGGCUUCGGCAUCCCCUUCUGCAUCAUCUCCGGCUCGGCCAUGCUGGGUGAGCUCGGCUACCCGAAAGAGCGGCCGUUUCUCACAGCGCUGUUCAACGCGUCGUAUUUCAUCGGCUCGGUGACGGCAGCUGCUAUCACGAUGGGCACGAAUCAUAUCAUGGAUGAUUGGGCGUGGAGAAUUCCGAGUUAUCUGCAGAUGGUGCCCUCGGCAGUACAGUUAUGUCUGGUAUUUCUCCUCCCCGAAAGCCCAAGGUACUUGAUCAGUACCGAACGACGCGAAGAGGCUUUGGAUAUCCUCUGCAAAUACCAUGCCGAAGGCGACCGUAACAGCCUCAUCGUGCGCGCCGAGAUGGCGCAGAUCGAGACCACGAUUCGGCUAGAGAUGGAUGCAUCAAAGCAGACAUAUCUAGAUCUGUUCCGUACCGCCGGUAUGAGGAGGAGGACACUGAUCGGAAUGAUGCUUGGCUUCUUCACCCAGUGGAGUGGGAAUACCCUGAUAUCAUACUACCUGAUGCCUAUCAUGGGCUUGUUGGGCAUCGAGGACAGCAACCGAAAACAGCAAAUCAACUUGGGAAACCAGUGCUGGGGUCUGGUUAACGCCACGACCAUCGCGCUCAUCGUGACUCGAUUCCCUCGUCGCAGAAUGUUCCUCAUCUGCACCAUCGGCAUGACUUGUUGCUACGUCGGCUGGACGGUGACGAUGGGGAUUUACCAGGAAGGGGGUUCGAGAAAUGAUGCAGCGGGAAUAAUGGCGCUGUUCUUCAUCUUCCUCUAUUCGCCGUGGUACAAUAUUGGUUACAAUUCCUUGACGUACACCUAUCUCGUCGAACUCUUCCCAUACGCAGAGCGUACCCGGGGCAUCGCACUGUUCCAGUUCUUCGGCAGAGGUGCCAACUUCUUCUCGACCUUCGUCAAUCCUAUCGCGCUCGAUGCGAUUGCCUGGAAGUAUCUCAUUGUAUUUAGCUGCUGGGUAGCGUUUGAGGUUGCGUUCAUCUAUUUCUUCUUCCCUGAAACGCAUAACCGGACACUGGAGGAACUGGCAUUCCUCUUCGAGGGGCAGGAAAUCCAAGAUCAGCAAGCUAUUGCGACGGAAAAACAGAUGCUCAGACAGCUGGACAAUGAAACGGAAAUCCACGAUAUCGCGCACGAAGAAUACCGUCAUGUAGAAUCUACACACGCAUCGGCCCCAACUGAGCUCAAGUGA